CGUCGCUGCCGCUGACCCGGAAGUGCUUGCUUCAGUUAAAAGCGUCGGCCGGCGGCGCGCGGCCUCUUCCUGUCUCUGCCAGGACGGCGCGUGGUCCACGCCGAGCGACAUAUACGCCCCGGCUGCGCCCUCAGGAUGACGGAGUGGGAGACAGCGGCACCUGCGGUGGCAGAGACUCCGGACAUCAAACUGUUUGGAAAGUGGAGCACAGAUGACGUGCAGAUCAAUGAUAUCUCCCUGCAGGAUUACAUUGCAGUGAAGGAGAAGUAUGCCAAGUACCUGCCCCACAGUGCCGGGCGCUAUGCCGCCAAGCGCUUCCGCAAAGCUCAGUGCCCUAUCGUGGAACGGCUCACUAACUCCAUGAUGAUGCAUGGUCGCAACAACGGCAAAAAGCUCAUGACUGUGCGCAUCGUCAAGCAUGCCUUUGAGAUCAUCCACCUGCUCACUGGUGAGAACCCUCUGCAGGUCCUGGUGAAUGCCAUCAUCAACAGUGGCCCGCGUGAGGAUUCAACACGCAUUGGGCGAGCGGGGACAGUGAGACGUCAAGCUGUGGAUGUCUCUCCACUGCGCCGGGUGAAUCAGGCUAUCUGGCUGCUGUGCACUGGUGCUCGUGAGGCUGCCUUCCGGAACAUCAAGACCAUUGCUGAGUGCCUGGCAGAUGAGCUCAUCAAUGCUGCCAAGGGGUCUUCUAACUCCUAUGCCAUCAAGAAGAAGGAUGAGCUGGAGCGUGUGGCCAAGUCCAACCGUUGAUUGCUCAGUUGCUGUCCAAUAAACUGCCUUUGGGGGCAUUUCCACUGCC